AUGCACAGAACUUACUCUUUAAGAUCUCAAAGGGCCCCCACCGCCGCCCAAUUGCAGAGCCCUCCUCCUCCUCCAUCCUCCACCAAGUCCAGAUUCUUCGGCAAGGGCUCGAUCUCCCACUCGUUCCGUAAGAACGCUGCCGGUGCUUUGGGCCCCGAAUUGUCGAGAAAGUUGGCACAAUUGAUCAAGAUGGAAAAGAACUUGAUGCGUUCCAUCGAAAUCACCGCCAGCGAGCGUAAGGAGGUCGCCAAGCAGUUGUCGCUCUGGGGUGAGGCCAACGACGACGACAUCUCCGACAUCACCGACAAGUUGGGUGUCUUGAUCUACGAAAUCGGUGAGUUGGAAGACCAAUUCAUCGACAGAUACGACCAGUACAGAAUCACCGUCAAGUCCAUCCGUGACAUCGAGGGUUCUGUCCAGCCAUCGCGUGACAGAAAGCAAAAGAUCACCGAUCAAAUUGCCUACUUGAAGUACAAGGACCCACAAUCGCCAAAGAUCAACGUCUUGGAACAAGAGUUGGUCCGUGCCGAAGCCGAGUCUUUGGUUGCUGAGGCCCAGUUGUCCAACAUCACCAGAGAAAAGUUGAAGACCGCGUUCAACUACCAAUUCGACUCGAUCAGAGAGCACUCGGAAAAGAUCGCCUUGAUUGCUGGUUACGGUAAGGCUUUGUUGGAAUUGUUGGACGAGUCCCCAGUCACUCCUGGUGAAACCAGACCUGCCUACGACGGCUACGAGGCCUCCAAGCAAAUCAUCAUUGACGCCGAAAACGCCUUGGCUGCCUGGACCUUCGACUCUGCUGUGGUCAGACCAACCCUCUCGUUGGCUGCCCACGACGAUGAGUACGACAUCGACGAGUUGGCUGACGAAGCCGAGAACUUGCAGGUCACUGAACAAGACUGGGAAAACGACAACAAGGUUGCUGCUUAA